AUGGCAGCUGAUACAGCUAACUCCCCAGGAAGCUCCAUGCAUGGAGUUUCCGCCAAAGAACAAGCCUUUGCCUUCGCCGUCACCUCCCCAACAAUCCCAACCGACCCAACUGCAAAAUUCAAACUCCCAGUUGAUUCAGAGCACAAAGCCAAAGUCUUUGAUCUUCUCUCCUUAGCCAAUCCCCACAUGACCACUUUCCACCUCUCUUGGCUCUCCUUCUUCACUUGUUUCGUCUCCACUUUCGCCGCCGCUCCUUUAGUGCCAAUCAUCAGAGACAACCUCAACCUCAAAAAGGCCGAUAUUGGCAAUGCCGGUAUCGCUUCCGUCUCCGGCAGCAUCUUCUCUAGGCUUGUAAUGGGUGCGGUUUGUGACCUAUUAGGCCCACGUUACGGCUGUGCUUUUCUCAUAAUGUUGACAGCCCCAACUGUGUUUUGCAUGCCCUUUGUUUCAUCCGCCGGAGGAUACAUAGCCGUCCGAUUCAUGAUUGGAUUUUCACUCGCAACAUUUGUGUCGUGCCAGUACUGGAUGAGCACGAUGUUCAACGGCAAGAUUAUCGGGCUGGUUAAUGGAACAGCUGCAGGUUGGGGAAAUAUGGGCGGUGGGGUGACUCAGCUUCUUAUGCCAUUCAUUUAUGAGGUCAUUAGGCGAGCCGGGACAACACCAUUUACGGCUUGGAGGAUUGCUUUCUUUGUGCCUGGAUUAUUACAUGUGAUUAUGGGGAUUUUGGUGUUGACAUUAGGCCAAGAUUUGCCUGAUGGAAACCUCAGUACCUUGCAGAAGAAGGGGGAAGUUACCAAGGAUAGUUUCUCAAAGGUGCUUUGGUAUGCAAUCACGAACUACAGAACUUGGGUCCUUGUUCUUCUCUACGGCAUGUCAUUGGGUGUAGAAUUAACCAUUGACAACGUCAUCGCUGAAUACUUCUUUGACAGGUUUAACCUCAAGCUCCACACGGCCGGCACCAUAGCUGCCACCUUCGGCAUGGCCAACAUCUUCGCGCGCCCCUUUGGCGGCCUCAUGUCUGACAUGGCAGCCCGCCCUUUCGGCAUGCGUGGCCGUCUUUGGAACCUCUACAUCCUUCAAACCCUAGGGGGUAUUUUCUGUAUCUGCUUAGGCCGAGCCAGCUCUCUCCCGCUCUCCAUCUUCUUCAUGAUAAUCUUCUCCAUCACAACACAAGCCGCAUGCGGCGCCACUUUCGGGAUCAUACCCUUCAUCUCUAGGCGUUCGCUUGGCGUCAUCUCCGGCCUCACUGGUGCCGGUGGAAACUUCGGCUCUGGUUUAACACAGUUGCUGUUUUUCACGAGUUCAAGAGACUCAACCGCAACUGGUAUUUCUUUGAUGGGCAUUAUGAUUGUGUGCUGUACUUUGCCGGUGACGUUGGUACACUUUCCGCAGUGGGGGAGCAUGUUGUUGCCGGCGAGGAAGGACGGUGAGAAGUCCAAGGAAGAGUAUUAUUAUGGGUCGGAGUGGAAUGAGGAGGAGAAACAAAAAGGGUUGCACCAUGGGAGUCUGAAAUUUGCAGAGAAUAGCAGAUCAGAGAGGGGAAAGAGAGUUGGUGCUGCGCAUACCCCAAGCUCUGCUACACCAGUUCAUGUGUAGAUGAAAUUUGAUUGUUUGGAAAAAUGUUAAGUGUAGAUUGAUUACUGAAGUAAGUAUUGAUCUUUAUCUUCUGUGUUUAUAUAGUGGUUGCGUGCGUCUUUGUUAUUAAUUUGGAAGACUGGUGAUGAACUGCAUGCAAAAUU